UCUCUGGGAUGCCCCCCACCUCACUCUGGGUCGGGUCCUCGUGCCUCCAUUCUUUCCUCCUUUGGGGCUUUUUUGCACCUGCCCCAGCCAGCUCUUCUGGGACCUGGGCACCCCACCCUUCACGCACCCCUUCUGUUGCUCAGAGUCUGCUGGUGAGGAGGAGCGGCCUUUGUUGGAAGUGAGGAUGGCGCCCGUGCUGCCCACAGCCAGGGCUCUUCAGGAGCCAGUGACCUUCCAAGAUGUGGCGGUGGUCUUCACACAGGAGCAGUGGGGGUACCUGGACCCUUCUCAGAAGGAGCUAUACCGGGACGUGAUGCUGGAGAACUACAGGAACCUGGUCUGCCUGGGACUAGCUGUGUCCAAGCCCGAGGUGAUCCACCAGCUGGAGCAAGGGGAGGCUCCUUGGAGGCCAGAGGGGAGAAUCCCAGGGAGCAGCCAUCCAGAUGGGGAGGUGAGGCCUGGAACCAAGGAGUCACCCCCAGAGCUGAGCAUUUCUGUGGAGCAGUCGUCGGGCCAGGACAGACUCAGGAGGCAUAGUUUCUGUGUCUCCAGCUGGAAAGAAGCCUGGGCAUGUGGUGCCAGAUUAGGGAGGCAACAGAGCAUUGAGGAGAAUGAAUGUCAUGAUUAUGGCCAAAGCUCCAGGACAGACCCAAAGCUUUUCUCACAAUGGAGAGUAUCUGUGGAAAAGAAUCUCCAUAGAUUUGAUACUGAGUGCCCUAGGAUGUGUCCAAAGGAAAUAUUUUCUAAGUAUGAUGAAUGUGGGGAUUCCUUCAAUUCCAAAUCAGAUUUUAUUGAAUGUCAUAGACUAUAUACUGGACAGCAACCUCAUGAGCAUAAUGAAUGUGGGAAGGCCAUCAAACUUAGUCCAUCUAUUAAUUUAAAUCACGUAAUUGACAUUGAAGAGGAAAGUCCUAAAUAUGAUGAAUUUAGGAAGACUUUCUCCUCGAAUAUACAAUUGAUUGGACACCAGCGAGUUCACACUGGAGAGAAACUUUAUGAACAUAAUGAAUGUGGGAAGCUUUUAGCCCAUAGUUCAUCUCUUACUUCCUAUCAGAAAAUUCAUACUGGAGAGAAACCUUAUGAAUGUAAAGAAUGUGGGAAGACUUUUGGCCACAGAACACAGCUUACUAUACAUCAGAGAAUUCAUACUGGAGAGAAACCUUAUGAAUGUAAUCAAUGUGGGAAGGCUUUUGGUUAUAAAACCAAACUUACUUUACACCAGAGAAUUCAUACUGGAGAAAAACCAUAUGAAUGUAAUGAAUGUGGGAAGGCUUUCUGUGUGAGAACAGAUCUUACUCAACAUCAGAGAAUUCAUACUGGAGAGAAGCCUUACAAAUGUAAUCAAUGUGGAAAGGCCUUCCGCAUGAGCAAAGAGCGUACACGACACCAAAGGAUUCAUACUGGAGAGAAACCUUAUGAAUGUAAUGAAUGUGGGAAGGCCUUUAGUGGGAGAGGACAACUUACUCGACAUCAGACAAUUCAUACUGGAGAGAAACCUUAUGAAUGUAAUGAAUGUGGGAAGGCCUUUGGUGGGAGAGGACAUCUUAUUCAACACCACACAAUUCAUACUGGUGAGAAACCUUAUGAGUGCAAUGAAUGUGGGAAGGCUUUCAGUCGAAGAGGACAUCUUACUCGACAUCAAAGGAUUCAUACUGGAGAGAAGCCUUAUGAAUGUACUGAAUGUGGGAGGGCAUUCAGCCGUAAAGGACAUCUUAUUGGACACCAUAGAAUUCAUACCGGAGAGAAGCCUUAUGAAUGCAAAGAAUGUAGGAAGGCUUUCCGCCUAAAAGAUCACCUUAUUCAGCAUCAGAGAAGUCAUACUGGAGAAGAACCAUAUGAAUGUAAAGAAUGUGGGAAGACUUUCUCUGUGAGUACAGAGCUUACCCGUCAUCAGAGAAUUCAUACUGGAGAGAAACCUUUUAAGUGUAAAGAAUGUGGGAAGACCUUUUAUAUGAACAGAGAUCUUAACAGACACCAGAGAAUUCACAUUGGAGGGAAACCUUAUGAAUGUAAGGACUGUGGGAAGGCCUUCCGCCUGAGACAUCACCUUAUUCAACAUCAGAGAAUUCAUACUGGAGAGAAACCUUAUAAAUGUGAUGAAUGUGGGAAGGCCUUUAGCCAUAGCACACAUCUUACUAUACAUCAGAGAAUUCACACUGGAGAAAAACCUUAUGUAUGUAAUCAGUGUGGGAAGGCCUUUGGCCGCAGGACACAGCUUACUGUGCAUCAGAGAAUUCAUACUGGAGAGAAACCUUAUGAAUGUAAAGAAUGUGGAAUGGCCUUCUGCCUCAGUAAAGAGUGUAUAAGACACCAGAGAAUUCAUACUGGAGAGAAGCCUGAAUGUAAUCAAGUUGGGAAGGCCUUCAGUGGGAGAAGACAGCUUACUGAACAUCAGCAUAUUUAUAUUGAAGAGGAAACUUAUGAAUGUAAUCAGUAUGAGAAGGUGUUUGGCUGAAGAGGACAGUAUGAAUGAGAAAAUUCAUACUGGAGAGAAAUUUUAUGAAUGUAAUGAAUGUGGGAGGGUUUUCAGCCAGAGGGGAGACAUUGGAGAGAAGUGUCAUAAAUGUUACAAAUAUGAGAAGGCUUGUUGUUGGAACAAAGUGUAGCUGACACCAUAGAAUCCAUAUUGAAGAGAAACCUUUUAAAUUUAAUCAAUGGGGGAAAAGCUUUCUCUUUGAACACAUCUUAUCCAACAUGAAAGUAUUCAUAGGGGAGAGACCUAAUGACUACAGAGAGUAUUGGGAAAGCCUAUGUCAAGAUAAUCUUAGCAGACAUCAGAAUAUAUGGGAGAAACUUUAUGAAUGAAUAUGGAAGUCUUCCACCUGAGAGAUUACUGUCAACAUGAGAAAGUUCAUACUGGAAUGAAGAUUCAUUAAUCUAAUGAAUUGGCAAGGUCUCUGGCUUCAGAAGAUAGUUACUGAACAUUAGAGAAUUUAUACUGCAGAGAAAUCUUAUAAAAAGCUAUGUGGGAAAGUUCCCAUCUGAUCACAAAAUUUAUUCUACAUCAGAGAAUUCUUAUCAGAAAAGAACCAUAUAAAUGUGAUGACUUUGGGAAGGUUUUCCAUCUUGAAGACUGCCUUAUUCAGAAUCAGAGAAGUGCUCUUAGAGAGGAAUCUUAUGAAAAAUUUAUGUAGAAAGGCUUCCAUCUAAGCACAAAAUUUACUUGACAUUAGAGAAUUCAUACUAGAAGAAAUCUUAGGAAUUUGAUGACUGGGAAGGCCUAUUUGGUGACUGCUCAGCUUAUACUUAAGAAUUCAUACUGGAGAGAAAACUUAUGAAAAUAAUGUAGGAAGACCCACCAUCAGCGGGGGAAAAAGCUAGUAGUAUGUUUAUAGCUGAGAGAAAUCACAAGGUCUCUUGUUUGAAUGGAUACUUACCAAAAGAGCACAAAUGCCAUUAUGGACAAAAACCUGGACAAGGAUGUCAGAAGACCUUUUACCAAAAUAUAGAGCUUUCUUGAUCUCACAGUAUCAAGUGUAAUGACUGAGGAUUUCUGCUUGAGUGUAUCCAUCCCACAUGAGGCAAUUCAUUCUUGAUUAAAGUUUUAUGUUCUGGAGACAUUCCUCUA